AUAAAAAUAAAGGAGAGGACAAGCUUCUUCAAGUUCAAACCCCCCCCCUCUCUCUCUCUGCAACUUCCCAAAAUCAAAACCCUCGCAACAAUGUACUAACCUUAAUUCUCCUCUAUCUAUGGCCUUUAAUCCUUAUUUUUUUUAAUUUCCUUCACUUCCAAAACCCUAGCCGGUUUAUCCGACUCCCACCACCCCUGUUCAAUGGACGCCCGUCGACCCUCCCGAGCCAUCACUGACCCUAUGAUCCGCCGCGUUGGGUUCUUUACCCCCACCGGGAACAGCCAACUGCUACGGGCACACUCCAACCCUGCCGGCUCGGAUUCCCCCCCGCUCGCCGACUCUCCCGCUGGAAACUCGCUCUCCCCGGUCAUGAUCCCCCCGCCGCGUCACCUCUCUGACCGUACGCCCUCCGUGCCGGUUCCUGAGACCGGAUUACGCCAGGAUAGUGAACACGUGCGGGUCGGGAGCUACAACCCGUCCGAAUCCCUGCUGGGCUCGUCUCCAUCGGGCGGGAUCGCUUUGGCGGGAGGAGCAUUCUCCGAGGAGUCGGAUGGGUGGUACGGGCAGAACGAGGUGCGUAAGCACUCUCCGAAUCUUCUCGAUACCACUCUGGGGAAGGCUCCGGAUUAUCUGUCCGGUACUUCUGCUCCCCCGAGGCUUGAAAAAUUGAAGAAGUCUGCCCAAGUGCCCGUAAAGAGUGGUAAGGCUGACGUGGAAGGGCAAAAUGAAAUGCAAUCUAGUUUGAAGCCACUGAAAAUGAAAACAUCCAAAGCUGAAAGGCGUGCCUUGCAGGAGGCCCAAAGAGCUGCAAAAGCUUUGGCAAAAGAGGGCGAUAAAUCUGCUGCUGUAUCUGGGGGAGCAGCUCCAAAAAAACCUUUGAAGCUGCCAUCACAGAAGAAAGAUGGUCCUCCAGUCUCAUCUUCAAUUGCAGCUUCUGACAAGAAAGGAGGUGAUCGUCCACCUGAUAAAGAAAGGAAGAAAGACGUUCCUCCUCCACGCAUGCAAUUUGAUGAUAAGAACCGUGUGGAGAAGGCUAAAAGACGUGCAGUGUUCAAUCAAACUGAAGCUAGAAAUAGAGUUGAAUUGUUUCGGCAUUUGCCUCAGUAUGAACAUGGAACUCAGCUUCCUGAUCUGGAGUCACGAUUUUUCCAACUUGAUCUGGUGCAUCCUGCAGUAUACAAGGCUGGAUUACAGUAUUUAGCCAAAGAUAUUAUUGGGGGCAAUGCACGUUGCAUUGCAAUGCUUCAAUCUUUCAAGGAAGCCAUUAAAGACUACUCCACACCACCAGAAAAAACUCUUGUGAGAGAUUUAACUGCAAAAAUAAGCAGUUAUGUAUCAUUCUUUAUUGAAUGUAGGCCACUUUCUAUCAGCAUGGGAAAUGCAAUUAGGUUUGUUAAGAGCCGUAUAACAAAGCUAGCAUUAACUCUUUCUGAAUUAGAAGCGAAAGCUGCACUUUGUUCAGAUAUCGAGCGUUUCAUAAAUGAAAAGAUAUUACUUGCUGAGAAGGUCAUAGUUGGACACGCUGUUACAAAGAUUAGGGAUGGAGACGUGCUUCUUACUUAUGGAUCAUCAAGUGUGGUUGAGAUGAUUCUGUUACAUGCUCACGAGAUGGGGAAACAGUUCCGAGUCGUAGUAGUAGACUCACAUCCAAAGCUGGAAGGCCAAGCAUUAAUUCGGAGGCUGGUCUCAAAUGGCCUGAGCUGUACAUACUGUCAUAUUAAUGCUGUUUCUUAUAUUAUGAAUGAGGUUACACGAGUUUUUCUGGGGGCCGCCUCUGUAUUGUCCAAUGGAACUGUACAUUCGAGGGUUGGGACUGCAUCUGUUGCAAUGGUUGCUCAUGCUUUCCGUGUUCCAGUUUUGAUCUGCUGUGAAGCCUAUAAAUUUCAUGAAAGGGUACAGCUUGAUUCAAUCUGCUCUAAUGAACUAGGCGAUCCAGACGCCAUUACAGACAUUCCUGGGAGAGUGGAUGUGAAUUAUCUGAAUAAUUGGGCCAAAAAGGAAAAUCUGCAGCUUCUAAAUUUGAUGUAUGAUUCUACUCCUUCAGAUUAUAUCUCCAUGAUUGUCACAGACUAUGGAAUGAUCCCAACCACUAGUGUACCUGUCAUUGUGCGCGAGUAUCGAAGAGAACAUUUAUUCAUUUAGAAAAUAUUCAUGAGCUUUGUCGUUGGAUCAAUAAAGCUCUUCAUUUUUUGUGAUUUUCCUUAGAAAUGAUACUCUAAAAUUUUUCAACAUGUGGUUAUCUCUUUGUCAUUAUUUACUUUUUGAAUUGAAAUAUUAGGGCUCAUCAGUCUUGAUGGUAUUCAAAUUUUGUUAAGUUAACAUGUCUCCUCAGUCAAAGAGUGCACCAUUUCGCCUCUCCUGAAGUACUUGUAUGUAUGUAUAUAUGGUUGACUUGUCUCUCAGACGUGCAAGUUUCCAACACAGUUGGUGGUAACGAAUUGCUUAUUAAGUUUUUUUCUGCGAA